AUGGCCAUACCAAAACCUCCUCCAAAUCAGCAGCUGUACGAGUUUCUACUGGUUGGCAGUGUGUCUGACAGUGAACUGCCCUCUCUUCUGCACCGACUCAGAGGACUGGCUGACUUUGCAACCUGUGGAGGCAUAGCAUUCAUUGACAAGGAGCAAACUUAUAAAAUUGAAAUAGGCAACACUCGUUCUGUUGUUAGAGUUCGACAGUCGCUAGACAAUGCCGAGGCCCCCUUGCAACUCAUAUACACUGGUCAGCUGGACCUGGGUGAUGCUAACAGGCCGGCUGGAGUGAGGAGUUGUGUACACACUGCAUGCAGUAACAGCGCUGCAGAAUGCCUCAAGGAAAUAGGAUUCAUGGCAGUCUAUGAGCUGAUACUGAGAGGCUACGUGUUCAGAAAGGGGCAAAUGAAAAUUGCCGUCUUCAAACUCUAUCAGCCGUCAGGAGAGGGAACUGGUGUAGCAGGUGCCCAGCUGUUGUCAGAGCACUACCUGGUGGAGUUGUCAGCUGUGACCACAUCAGGGCACGACAAUGUUGGCAUGGAGAUGAGGGCUUUCGCUGAGCAACUCAAACCGUAUCCUAUGGAGCAAUUGUGA